AUGUCUGAUAAGGCCGAAAAAAAAAGAAAACUCGAGGAAUUAGAUGCGAAAAGAAAAGCUCAAGCGACGGUAGAAGAGGAAGGAGCGGGAGGCUUAUCAAAGUAUGAAGAAGAUAUUAUUCUUUCUAAACUAUUUCGUACUAAGCAAAAACGCGAUCGUGCGCUAAAAAAAUUAAUGCAAGGCCGCGAUACCGGAACAAAUACGAAGGUUAAAUCAGCUUCAACUACCAGUGCUAGAAUCUCAAAAAGAAACGUGCCAUCUGCUACUUCAAAAAAGAGUAAAUCUAGGAAAGACGAAAGUGAUGACAAUAGUGAAGACUUUGUUGUAGAAGAUCAUGGAGAAGCAUCAUCAGACGACCAAGCUGAAUCCGAAGAGCAAGAUUUUUCUGAUAGACCUAGUAAGAAAAAAAAAAGAAACAGUGAUUCAGAUGAAUAUUCCGACGGCGAUAAUGAUUUACAGGAAGAACUUCAAGCUCUCGAUACAUCUCUUAUUAUUAAAAGUGGACGACGAACACGAGGAAAAAAGAUAGAUUAUAAACAGUUUGGUCCAGAUCCAGUAGACCUAGACGAUGAUGAAUAA